AUGGAGUACAGUUAUGAGAAUGCAAACGACAGCACUCAAUACUACGAUAAUUACAGCACUGACUCAUAUGGCCAUUUUCAGCCUGACUCAGAUGGCCAUUUUCAGCCUGACUCAGAUGGCCAUUUUCAGCCUGACUCAGAUGGCCAUUUUCAGCCUGACUCAGAUGGCCAUUUUCAAUUUGGACUGUUUUCCACCGUGUGCUACAGUCUCAUCUUCGGUCUCAGCCUACCUGGAAACUGCUUCCUCCUUUACGGUCUGCUACAAACGAGAGGAUGGCGUACAGCUUCAGACUUCCUCCUUCUCAAUCUCACAACCUCUGACCUCAUCUUUACCUUAACCCUGCCCUUCUUCGCCGUCUACCACCUCCAUGGCUGGUUGUUUGGAGAGUGGGCCUGCAGGCUGGCGAGCGGAGCCCUCUUCCUGGGUUUCUACAGCUACAUGUCCUUCCUGACAGCGCUGGCAGUGGAUCGGUACGUUGCAAUAGUGCUUGCUGUGUCCACGUCCAUCCAGGCCAAACGUAUGUUUUGUGUCCGUCUGACAACAGCUGUGCUCUGGGUCUUCUGUGUGGCGGCUUGUCUUUUAGAGGUGGUGUACACAGAGACCAGAGAUGGCUUUGAUGGAGAAAUAGGCUGUGUUUCUACAAUGCAGGGAAACGUGGAGAUCUUCAGUUACUUUCUCCAGAUAUUCGUAUUUUUCCUGUUACCCUUCCUUGUUAUAACUUUUUGUUAUGUUCGCAUCUGUGCCACUGUUUCACACAGUGGACUCAGGGGGCGCAACAAGUCGAUCAAACUGAUUUGGGGGAUUGUAGUGGGGUUUUUUGUCUGCUGGGCACCGUAUAAUGUUAUGCUCUUCCUCCAUUGCUUGAGAUUGCUUGGCGACUAUAUGCCGAACACAGCAGUUUCGGAUGAGGCGUUUAUAGUUGCAUAUUACAUCUGUCACACUCUGGCUUACAGCCACUGCUGUCUCAACCCACUGUUAAAUGUGUUUGGAGGGCAGAAAUAUAGGAGAAAUCUUCCUUCAUCGUUUUGCAGUUUCUGUCUAUCUACAGGAAACCAGAGAUCCAUCUCUCAUACAAGUCAAACCUGGGUAUGAUGCCAAUAAAAAAUACACUGAGUUUUGGCCAAUGUCUUUACACAGACUGACAAAGAACGCAUGAUGCUGAUUCAUGGGGGGACUUCAACACAAAAGCAUUUAAAAAAAUGCAGAAGUGAAAAUGUGACUGGCUGUACUGAUUUCUAUGCAACAGUAAAUGGUUCCAAGACUUAACAGUGUUAUUUUAAAAUGUACAUUGAUGCCUUUUUAGUCAUUCGACUGGUGUCACUCCUAUUAGUGACAUUAGAAGAUUGAAUUAAGUUGCCCCUGACCAAGUCUAGUUCUGAAAUGUAAUGAUGCAUGUGAUGUCAUUAUGUGAAAGGAUUAGUCAUGUUAAUUUGCCGUCUGAGUAAGACACAUGGAUUGUGUCACUAUGUAACCCAGUGUGGAUGUCUCCAUGGCUGUAGAAAGAGAUACAGGGUGAAUUGGGAGAGCUCUCUGGCCCACCGGCACCACAAAGCUCUCUCAUGGGAAGAUGAAUCCUAAUUAACUAAACCAUCUACUGUUCACGCAUGGAUAUGUGUCAAGGGCAGAGCAGUCCUAAGCAAGCAAGCUCAACCAUCCAUCUCCAAGCACUUGGGGCAUGUUCACUGUAAUAUUAGGCUUUUAUACAAAAUAUACAAAAUAAAAUAAAAUAUAUAUUUCAAAAGGCUCAAAUGAAGUAAAGCGUGCUUGCACUACUUAUAAUGAAUUGUAUCCACUAUCCUACCUACCCCCAAGUUACUGUAGGACAACCUUCUCUCACAGUAUUUCUUGUGUCUUGGCAAAUCUGUUGUUGUUCUGU